UUCCUAAACGACGAGACUAAACAAACAACGAAGUGUCAAAAUGUGAAUGACUCGUCAUAUUCUUACGAUUUUUGCGAUUUUUUAAUAAAAAUCCUUCGUCCAUUAGUAUCAAGAACUAUGGCAGUCCCUAAUAAGAAAUCCGGCUUAACAACCGCCGAUUUUGAAGUUUUUGGGAAAGUCCAAGGCGUUUUCUUUAGAAAACACACUCAAAGAAAAGCCAACGAACUGGGUAUCAAAGGAUGGGUGAUGAACACUGCUCAAGGCACGGUGAUAGGACAGAUGCAGGGGCCUCAGGGAGCCGUGGAAGACAUGAAGACGUGGCUGCAGAAAGUUGGAAGCCCCAAGUCCAAAAUCGAGAAGGCUUCAUUCCGCAACGAAGCUCUUAUAACUAGCUGCGCUUUUAGAACUUUUGAGGUACGACGAUAAAUUUUAAAAGUUUGCUUUUAUCAUAAUAUUUUUUCUUGCAAUCUAUAACUUAAAUUAUAAAUUAUGCUUUUUUUAAUAUUUUGUAACUUUAUAUAAAUUUGGAGUACAGAAAAUAAACUUGAUACUCAA